AUGGAGAGCGCUGAAGAAAGCCCACAGGUAAAUGGCGGUUCUGCAGACCCGCCCGGCACCUCUGAUGAGGCGGAGAACUCCACUGGUGGGCCUGGCGAGGGACCGACCGUCCAAACAGACCAUGCGAAAUCCGAAGGGGCUGGAGCCACGAAUGGAACCUUGGCGGACAAGCAACCGGAGAGCCCUGUAGACGGAGCGGCACACUCAGUCGUCGAUGACCAGAGCGCGGCGUUGAUGGAAGAGCUCAAAUCUCUAAGAGCGCUCCUCAAAGCCAAUGGCUCAGAACCUGAUAUUCUAGUGCCUGAGAAGGAAGAACAUGAAGCCCGACUAAUGAAGAUAUCGUACGACAAGUUUCGACAGGUGAAACGAUGGCCAUUGGGAGUGUGGGGCAAGGCACCCGAUACAACAGCUCUCCUGCUGUCGAUGGAUGGCGCAGAGCAUGGCAUCAGACGUGCGACUGAUACUGCUCAAAGAAACCAAGAUUCUAGCGACGCUCCGUUGGCAGAAGGGCUGCCAUCAAAGGACGCCACGGAUACAGUACCAGAGAUACCGUUCCGAUUGGUUUUCAAUGACGAGGACUGGCCCGAGCUGAUGAAAGCAGUGACCGGCUUCGACAUCUCUUUCAAAGAUCCAGUUCACGUUCGGCCUUUCAAAUAUCUGUUGGCUUACGAGAACAAGAUCCGGGCGGCCCUCGAGAAGUGCAAACAACAUGACCUCCAGGCUGCUUCAACCGAAUCAGCAAGCGGCGAGGCUGAAGAUGCGGGUAAAGACGAUGCCAAUGCCACAGAGUCAAAGGAAGACAACACUGAAGCGGCAGGCAAAGACGGUGCCAAAGCUCCAGAGCCGGCAAACAGCGACGCUGAUGCGGGAGUCAAAGACGAUGCUAAAGCUUCAGAUUCAAAAGAGGCAUCUGCAGCGCCGAAACCCGUUGACCUUGGUGGAAUCGAAGCCACACCUCGAAGACAGGCUCUGCUUCAGCUGCUAGUGUCAUUCAUGGACGUCGAAAUGAAAGACAUACUUGAUGUGCGGAAACGGGUCGCUGACAGAACACUCUCAGAGAUCUCCUUCGAGUAUCUGCUGCACCUUUACAAACCUGGUGACAUUAUCCUGAGUGGCGCAACCUCGGAUCCGGAUGCUCGUCGUGCGUAUCGUGUGUUGUCUGUCACGGGCGGACGACCGUACUUCAAACCCAAGUACGAUGCUGGGAUAAAGGAGAGAUCACGUUCUUUCCGAAUCCACGAGAGGAGUUUCAUAGGAGCGCUCGAGGUCGACAAAACCGACUCCAUCAGCAUAGGACUCCAAGGUAGAGCGACAAGGAUGACUCCACUGGUUAUCGACUGCUUCUACCUCGACUUUGACGGGACGAAUUACGGACCCCGGCCGAUGAGAUUUAUCAUUCCCGAGUAUCGAGGCCAACGUAGAGUAACGGAACUGGACGUGUACCCCGGCGAGUUCGAUCCAACCUUUGCUGAUAUAAGGCAACAAUUGCGCUCUCGGGGGGCAAAAUUCAUGGAGUGCGUACAGGGUGCGCACAAGGAAUACGAUGGAGACAGUCUUGAGGAUACUCUGAUCUUUACCGGCCGUGCCAACGAGAAGGUGGCUAGUCAAAAGGUGGAUUGCGAGUGUAUCAUCGAUCACAAAGCCCUGUUCUCGAUUCUAGAAAGCAUCGACCUUCCUGAGAGCCCGGGCAACAAACUUGGAUUCAAUUCUGGUGUCAUUGCUACGCCAACGGACUCGAACAUCGCAGAAUGCUUUGACCUCGUUCACUGCUCGGUGCAGGGAUGCGUUAGCUGUACUGACACCUUCGAUGACAAUUCGUUUGAUCUGACAGAGCGUGACGACUUCGUCACAGACUCUGCACUCCUGGACCUGACGACUGACUUAACCGAUGAGCAUCUGGAGCUGCUCCCACUGCGAGUGUACGGGUAUGCGUUGAAGCAUCGAAACUGGUUCGCUCUUAACCUGCUACACUGCAAGGAGCCGAGAUGCAUCCGGAACGUUGAUGCGGCAAGGAGCGCCUUCAAGGAUCUCGUUCUACCACCAAAUCACAAGAGAAUGAUCAGAGCACUUGUACGGUAUCAACUCCGCGAAUUCGAGGGUUCCACUCGCACCCAGCAGCCCAACGCGAAAGGGACUCACUUCGAUCUUAUACACGGGAAGGGAAGAGGCAUGGUGUUGCUGCUUCACGGCGUGCCUGGUGUGGGAAAGACAAGCACCGCUGAAAGCGUUGCUAUCCAACUCAAACGACCAUUGCUGCCGAUUACCUGUGGUGACUUAGGCACCGAUGCCGGCGAGGUCGAACGGAAUCUCGAUUCAUUCUUUGCGUUGGGCAACAAGUGGGGAUGUGUCAUCCUCCUCGACGAGGCGGAUGUGUUUAUGGCAAAGAGAACGACUGGCGAUCACGCACGCAAUGCGCUGGUAUCUGUAUUCCUCCGUCAGAUGGAGUACAAUGCCGGCGUCCUGAUCUUGACCACUAACAGGGUCGGCGAGUUCGAUGAAGCCUUUGUCUCCCGGAUACACAUGAAACUCCACUACCCCCAGCUCCACGAAGACUCUACAAUGGAGAUUUGGAGAAUGAAUAUUCGACGACUGAAGGACUCUGGAGCCGUCCGACUGAAUGAAGACAAGACCAUGGCCUUUGCCCGGGACUUCUGGCGGCGAAACAGAGCCACUCCCGACCGCCAAUGGAACGGCCGCCAAAUCAAGAAUGCCUUUCAGACCGCCGUGGCGUUGGCCUACUACGAGUGGGAGGGCUCCGGCAAAGACGGACCUCCGAAAGAUGGACCUCCGAAAUUGAGGGACCGACACUUCGAGGACGUAGCAGAGACCAGUCUGCGCUUUGACGACUACAUCGACAACACCUUUGGCACAGUGAUACGCAAGGACGGCACAAGUCGAGGAGGUUUUGCCAACGACCUGUCGAGAACGAAGGUCCGCAGUCUGGAUGUCGACGACCACCACACUCCCUCGCCUGAGCCAGUGCGGUCCACGAGACGCAACGAACGGACACUCGCCAAGGUGAGUGAGGCUCGCGAGGCCAGGGUGGAGACGAAGGUCGAGCGGCGAAUUGACCGGCUCAAGGAGUCCUCUUCGACGCCCAAGGGCGGACGCAACGUAAAGCGAUUGCCGGAGUUGGACGACAGUGAUGAAGAAAGGUCUCCGCUUCAAGGAACUACUGCGUAUGAUAGCGACAGUGGUUCUGGGGUGCGCGGCGGCGCUCAGGAAGACAGUGAUGAGGGUUACGAUUGA